AUGGGAUACAAUAUUCUGCCUUCUAUUGACCUUUAUUGGUCUUCCGACCCUGGUUUCAGGGUAGAUGAAAUAGCAGAGACUAUGACCGUAAAGCGAUUCAAGAAGAUAUUGCGAAAUCUGCACGUGAAUGAUAAUACACAGAUACCAGAUAAGACAAGCGAGAACUAUGACAAACUUUACAAAAUACGCACAUUAUUGGAUCUUAUCACUCAGGCAUGUCAGAAAAAUGCCAAAGACUCCUCAUCCCAAAGUAUUGAUGAAUCGAUGAUUCUCUUCAAAGGCCGGUCUUCCAUGAAACAGUAUAUGCCUCUAAAGCCCAUAAAAAGAGGUUACAAGGUAUGGUGUCGCUGUGACAGUAAAACUGGGUAUCUCUAUGAAUUCUACAUAUACACUGGAAAAUCAAAAACCGGAACAGAGGAAGGACUAGGAUCCAAAGUUGUGAAGAUGUUGACUGAAAAGCUGAUAAAUAAAGCACUGGAGGAAUAUCAUAUUAUUAUUACAUUUGACAAUUUCUUCUGUGACUACACUCUAAUGCAAUAUCUAUAUGAAAAUGGCAUUUAUGCUACAGGAACUGUACGAAGACACAGAAAACAUCUGCCUGUACUUGUAAAAACGAAUCAGAAGCUUGCAAAAGGACAAUAUAAAUGGAGAGUCAAGGGAAAUGUAUCUUUCUUAGUUUGGCAAGAUACCAAAGAGGUUCUCCUAUUGAGUAAUGCAUUCCAUCCAAAAGUUGGCAAAACCACUGUCUUACGGACUCAGAAAGACGGCACAAAACAAGAAAUCAACUGCCCGUUAGCAAUAAAGGAAUAUACUAAAAGGAUGGGAGGCGUUGAUCACUUUGAUCAGAUAAAAAGUACCUAUUCAGUAGGCAGAAGAAGUAGGAGAUGGUGGGUCCGAAUAUUCUUUUUCCUUUUAGAUACAAGUAUAACAAAUGCAUACUUGUUAUAUUGCCAAAAUAAGAAUGCGACAAAACUAAGCAAUCUUGAAUUUCGAGUCUCUGUCGCUAGAGGACUGAUCAGUGGGUUUUCCAGUAGAAAACGACGAUCUGGUAGUUUAGUCAACUAUAUCUGCAGAAAAAAAAUUGCUUCUGAGAAUCGCCAAAAGGCAGUGCAUGUUGUCGCAGAGGAAGUUCGUUUCACCAACGUUGGAGACCAUAUGCCCGUUGAAUCGCCUUCAUAUAAACGUUGCAGAAUGUGUAGCACAAAAGAAAAAGACAAAAGAUCGAAAGUUAUAUGUGAAAAAUGCAAAGUUCCGCUCUGCAUAACACCAUGUUUUACUGCAUUUCAUAGGAAAGGCUAG